CUCGGGCGGAGCAGGGAAGCCAGAGAGGAGCAAGGGGAAGGCGACUUCACCCACCGGAAAGUGGGCGAGCGCCCCGCGCUCCUGGCCGCCCGGGCUCCGAGGGCCGCAUCGCGGACGCCGUGGGCACCUUGCGGUGGGCCGCGGGCCGGGGCACUGCGCGGCGGCGGGCGGGAUGCUGCCGGUCCCCCGUCUGAGCGCCCGCGAUGGCCCGCGGCGCCGCGGCCUGUGCGAGCGACGCGCGGCUGCUGCUGGGCCGGGACGUGCUGCGGCCCGCGCCCGCGCUGCUGGCCCCCGCCGUGCUGCUGGGCGCCGCUCUCGGCCUCGGCCUCGGUCUGUGGCUCGGCUGCCGCGCGGGCCGCCUGCGCCCGCGACACCAGAAAGACGACACUCAGCAUCUACUCAAGAACGUGGAGCCUGGUGCACAGAGCCCCUCGGAGACCGGCUCCCCAUCCAGGAGGAGGAAGAGAGAAGCGCAGCCGUCGAGGGACGCAGAGGCCCCAGAUGAGUAUGAGCCGUCCUUCAACAGCAACAUCACAGCAUUCGCCCUGAAGGCCAAAGUCAUCUAUCCCAUCAAUCAGAAGUUCCGGCCCCUGGCUGAUGGCUCCUCCAACCCGUCCCUGCACGAGCACCUGAAGCAGGCAGUCCUGCCGCACCAGCCCACCGAGGCCUCCCCGGCCAGCAGCCUGGGCAGCCUGAGCCAGGCCGAGAAGGACGGCGGCAGCUCCUCAUCCAGCCUCCACUCGGCCAGCGACGACGGGUUCCUCGGCCGCAGCUUCCUGCGGGUGAGCAGCUUCCUGGAGGUGCUGGCCUGCGAGAGUGUGGACAUCGACCUGUGUGUCUACAGCCUUCACCUAAAAGACCUGCGGAGCCUGGACACGGCGCUGAGGCAGGAGAAGCACAUGACGCAAAAACAGUUCAAUGAAGGAAUGAGAAACUUUGGGAUACACGGUGCUGGAACAAUUGGACAACAACUUCAACCUCACAUUUUAUACACACAUGAACUCAAGUGGAUCCUGCAUUUAAAGAUGUUUAUUCAGAUUUUUAAAAUGUGCCUCCUGGACCUUCUUCCUAAGAAAAAGUCUGAUGACGAAUUAUAUCAGAAGAUUCUCUCAAAACAAGAACAGGAUUUGGAGGAAUUGGAAAAGGCACUUCAGGUCCAACUGUCGAGCACAGAAACUCUGGGCACCAGUGACUCUGGGUACGUCACCCUGGCAGACGUGGAGAAGAAGGAGAGGGAGCACAGCGACCAGCUCCUAGAUGACAUGGAAGCUUUCUGGAAACAGAUGGAAAACAUCCAGCACUUUCUUGUGGACCAAUUUAAAUGUUCCAGCUCCAAAGUGCGGCAGCUCAUGGCUACGCUGACAGAGACAAUGAUUGCAGCCGAAGGGCUCUUGUGCACGUCUCAGGACCUGCAGGCUCUGGACGCCCUGGAGAGAGCCAUGGGGCGGGCGCACAUGGCAAAAGUGAUCGAGUUCCUGAGGAUGCAGAUCCAGGAGGAGACCAAGUGCCGACUGGCCGCCAUCUCCCGCGGCCUGGAGCUGCUGCGUGUCCAGGGCAAGCUGUCCGGGCGGCAGAAGGAGGAGCUGCUGACCCAGCAACACAAGGCCUUCUGGGAGGAGGCAGAGAGCUUCAGCAGGGAGUUUGUCCAGAGAGGCAAAGACCUGGUCAAGGCGUCCCUGGCUCGCCAGGCAGAGGGGACAGCAACGCUCAUGCUGGCCCAGGAAGAGGAACGGAGGGGCUUCCUGGCCAACUCCCACCUGAACUCGGAUCCCGAGGAGUUUCUCAAGGCCUUUCACGAGGUCCUGGAGCGGCAGAGGCUGAUGCGAAGUGACCUGGAGGAGGAAGAGGAGCUCAGAACCACAGAGGCCAUGGCUGCCCUCUGCCAGGAGCUGUACUGCAGCACCAUGGGCACUUUCCAGGGCUGUGUGGACGCCCUGUUCCUGCAGACGCUGGGCGCCCGUGGCCUCCCCAGGGCGGAGUGUGAGGCCCUGCGGCAGGAGGUCCAGGAGGAUGCAGCACGGCGGCUGGGCAGGUCUGAUCGCUUCCGGAGGCGGCAGUGGGGACUUCUGCAGGAACUCCUGGAGCGAGACCAGCAGGUGUGGAUGGAGGAGUGUGCGCUGUCCACGGUGCUGCAGGACCAGCUGAGGGACAACCGCCAGCGCACCUUGCAGGGCGUCCUGAGCAGGCUGGGCGGCCUCACUGAAGAGUCCACGCGGGGCAUCCUGCAGGGGCACGAGCUGCUCCUGGGCUCUGCCCUCCGGAGGCUGGCCCUCCGCGGCAGCGCCGUCGCCACGCUGGCCCAGAUGAGGCUGUCUGGGAAGAAGAGCCUCCUGCAGGAGCUGCGUGAGCAGCAGGCGCUGGAGCAGGGCUCCUCCCACUGUCGGGACGAGCAUCAGUGGCAGCUACUCCAGGCCUUGGAGAUGCGUGUCCUGGAGGAGGCCGGCCGGCUGGAGGAGGAGGCGCAGCAGACGCGGCUGCAGCUCCAGCAGCAGCUGCUGGCCGAGGCCCAGGAAGCCGGGCAGCUCCUGCAGCAGCACUUGGAGCGAGCCAUCGGGCAGGCACUGCUGGGGCACGCACGGAAUGCGGCCACCAAGAGCCGGGCCAAUGACAGGGAUGACUUCAAGGGGACGCUGGUGGAGACAGUAGUGGAGAGCGUCUACGCCACCCGCGCUGGCGUCGGCCCCCUGGUGCAGGCCUAUUACCAGCAAGUCGGGAGGGUGAUGCAGGACCAGGAAGAGAGGAAGCUACAGCUCCUGAAGACCUUGCAGGGUGCGCAGCCUGGCCCCGGGACCAAGGCCACAGAAUGGACAGCUCCAAGCUGCGGAGGAAGCAAGAACUCGGGGACCCCGGGCCGGAGGACCAGAUGGCAGGUGGCACUCAGGGAGCCUCCCAGGCUGUCCACCAGAGGCUGCUGUCGCAGCAGAGGCGGCUCCUGGCCCAGUUCACGGAGCACCAGCGGCUCCGCCUGGAGGCGCAGAGGCAGAAGGCCAGGGUCCUGGACCAACUGGAGGCCCAGCUGGAGACGCAGCUGCAGGACGCGGAGCAGACCUUCAUCUCAGAGCUGGCAGCCUUGGCCCGCGUGCCUCUGGCCGAGAACAAACCGCUCUCCAGUAAGCGCGGGCUGCCAGAGAAGCCUCUACGGACCAAAAAGAAGAAGCCCCUGCCUCGAGAGAGAGGGGACCCAGGACUGCCCAGCGAUGGUGACCCUGCCUCGGGGGACCACGCCUCAGGGCUCCUCAGCAGCCAAAGGCCAGGUCAGCAAGAAGCCGAGGCUGGUGUCGGCGAGGACGGGAGGCAGGUGCUGAAGAGGAGCCAUCUGUAGCUCAAGGCUGCUGGGCAGGCCUGUGCCUGGGUGUGCAGGGCCUGUCCCCGCCACAGCCUGGGGGACGUGGGGGCGGCUCUGAGAGAGGACGGAGGGGGGGGAACCGGCCAGACGGCCGCGCCUGAGAUGGUUGGGAGCUCCUCCUAGGCGGCUUCGAGCCCGCUCAGCUCCCUGCCCGGGUGACUCCUCCUGAGGGUCAUCCUUCCCUGGCCUCCUGUGCCCAGCUCUACCCGUGUCCUGAAGCUACCAGAACCUGCCUCCCACAAGCUGAGGUCACCUGGCACAGCCCCGGGCACUCUGCGCCCAGCUUCUCCGCCCAGUGCUCCCAGGAGGGCCCCUCAGGCUAGCUGUACUUCCUGGAUCCGAGGUCAUCCCCUGGUCCCGCCAUCCCCUACACCCGCCAGGGGCUGCUCAGCAUUCCCCUCAGGACCACGUCCUUGCUUGGUACUUUCUGUCCUUUGACUCAGCCAGCACCGAGAACCGGUCACCAAGACAGUGUCCGAAUCCCGGGGCCAACAACCCAGGACAGGCUGCUACCUCAGCUCUUCCCUGCUGUGACUAAAAGACCCGAUUAGAACA